CUCUACAAAUACGUGCCAGCAAAGCAGCCUGAGGUGAGACAACAGCGUAAAUAGCAUUCGAGCUUCGUUCGGUACGAUGCUGCAUGCAUUAUCUAAAUUUCUCAGGCAAUCAUGAUCUUCUUCGCAAUGUCUCACAUACUUCACGGCUGGCUGAUCAUGAUGUGGACAAUAAGCAGUCCACUAGUAUUGGACCACGAUAAUGAACCUAGGACACACGUUGGGGAGAUUGUGCAUUUCCGCCAGGCAAAAGCCCACCUGUUAUCUUUCUCCUCAUUCUCAUAUACUUCAUGGUGGCCGUCUAUCCAGGCCGGGAUCAAUGCACGAGGCUCGUGGUAACCGGAUCCAUGUCAGUGUUUAUAUGAUUUUCAAUCAACAUGGCCC